GCCCCGGCAGCCGUCGGGGCGCGCGUUGCACGCUGUGGGGGAUACCCGCUCUCGAUAAUAAAUGAUAGAGGAUACCAUGACUCUGCUGUCUCUGCUGGGUCGGAUCAUGCGUUACUUCUUGCUUAGACCGGAGACCCUGUUCUUGCUGUGCAUCAGCCUGGCCCUGUGGAGUUAUUUCUUCCACACGGAUGAGGUGAAAACCAUCGUCAAGUCCAGCAGGGACGCGGUGAAGAUGGUGAAGGGCAAGGUGGCCGAGAUCAUGCAGAACGACAGGCUGGGGGGGCUGGACGUGCUGGACGCGGAGUUCUCCAAGACCUGGGAGUUCAAGAGCCACAACGUGGCCGUCUACUCCAUCCAAGGCCGGCGGGACCACAUGGAAGACCGGUUUGAAGUCAUCACCGACCUGGUGAACAAGACGCACCCCUCCAUCUUCGGGAUAUUUGACGGGCACGGAGGAGAGUCAGCAGCAGAAUAUGUGAAGUCCCGUCUGCCUGAAGUCCUGAAACAACAUCUGCAAGACUAUGAGAAAGACAAGGAGAACAGUGUGCUGUCUUACCAAACCAUUCUGGAACAGCAGAUUUUAUCAAUUGAUCGAGAAAUGCUGGAAAAAUUGACUGUAUCCUAUGACGAAGCAGGUACAACCUGUUUGAUUGCACUACUGUCGGAUAAAGAACUCACAGUGGCCAACGUUGGUGAUUCGCGGGGAGUCUUGUGCGACAAGGAUGGAAAUGCUAUCCCCUUGUCCCAUGAUCACAAACCCUACCAGCUGAAGGAGAGGAAGAGGAUUAAAAGAGCUGGUGGCUUCAUCAGCUUUAACGGCUCCUGGCGUGUUCAGGGGAUCCUGGCCAUGUCCCGUUCGCUAGGAGAUUAUCCUCUGAAGAACCUGAACGUCGUAAUUCCUGACCCUGAUAUUCUCACCUUUGAUCUGGACAAACUGCAGCCAGAGUUCAUGAUCUUGGCCUCGGAUGGUCUGUGGGAUGCCUUCAGCAACGAGGAGGCUGUCCGAUUCAUCAAGGAACGCUUGGAUGAACCACACUUCGGAGCAAAGAGUAUAGUUCUACAGUCAUUUUACAGAGGAUGUCCUGAUAAUAUAACAGUUAUGGUGGUAAAGUUCAGGAAUAGCAGCAAAACGGAAGAACAGUAAUUCCCAAUGGUUCUCUGCCUCACUCCGAACUUAAAUUUUUGUAUUUUAAACAUAGUAGAAAGCUCUAGUAAAUAUCAUUAAGAUUUUACACAAAAGGAACAGAUCCCUCCGUUUUUUUUUUUUUUUUUUUUUUGCUUAACAAAAGGAGCAAUACAACAAAUACAUCUUGAGUGAUUAUCAUUAACUUUAGUCAUGUUAUUCACAUGUACAUGUCUCCUGUGACCUUGCUGCUCCUUAGAAACUAACUGUAAUCUUCCAUUUCAAACAUUUUUUCAAAUCCUGUGUAGACUUUUGAUUUCUUACCUUUUAUUUCUAAGAGUCAAAGGUUCAUUCAGAUGCACGGCAGGGUCAGGGCAGCGCUGCUGCUUAAUAGCAAGUGAUAGGAAUGAUGCUGCUUUUCACUCAUAGAUGUAACUCUUCAGAAUGAUGCUCUACUGUUUCUUGUCUUACUCUUUUUUAGUUUGUGGUGAUAAGGUUGUAUUGGAAAAGGUUUGUAAUCAUUGGCCUGUCAUUGAUAUGAAGGAGGAAAAGGAGCCAGAUAUUAGCCUGAUACCAUAGAGCUGGCUCUCCUCACUUUGUUUUUUCCCCUCACAUUGAACAAAACCUUGCUAAGCAUGUGAUCAGGUAUUGAAUACCGGAAACCACAUGUUUAUUCAGUCUGUGUAUUACUUUAAAAACAUUUUGGUUUUAACCACGUUGUAUUCAAACCAACUAAUGUUAAACUCCAGCAAAAUGUGGAUGGCUUCUGAAUCAGAAAACUAGUUCUGUCAUUAUAGAAGAAUGCCUGUCAUUCACUGAGAGUUACCCUUGUGUCAGUAUUUUAGCAUGGAAUUUUCAUAGGCAUGAGAAGAAAAUAAUGCAAGAUAAAAUUUCUUUAGUGACUGCUUGGAAAACGAAGCAAAACAAAGCAUUCCUUAGAGCUACUAGAUGGAAAUUGCCUAUUAAAGAUUUCCUAGUACCACUGCAGGUUAAUUUGUAAUGUUAAUCUAGGACAAGACCACUUUAGAACAGAACUUUAGAACAUUUGGCAUAAUGUGUAAAUGCUAGACAGUGUAAUUGCACUGUAGAGAAGGAAAGAUUAGGUUAAGUCUAGGUAAAAUAUUUUGAGAGCUAAUUUUCAAUACUGAAUUGUAUUUUGGAACCUGUGACUAUUUUAAGUUUAAACAAUGACCUUUUGAAUUUGGUAUACAUACGAUAACUUCGUUGGCUGCUUCAUGAUGGAGAGGCUGCAGCAGCAGAGUGACAGGGCAACGUGUGUUACAGGAACAGAGCAAGGGCUGAGUUGGCUGUUAGUGUGCGUUUCAGAUAGCUUGCUUGCCUGCAUUAUGUCUUAUAGUAACAUGACCUUUGGGAUUCCCUCCCCACAGAACUUGGUCCUGGAAGAUCUGCUAAAAUCUCCUGUCUUGAAGGUGAUGGAGGUUUUCGGUAUUUGAGUCCUUAGCUGAAUCAGGGAAAUACUAACUAACAUUGCCUGUUUGUUGGGUAAAGAUACAAGAUUACUUGUGAUUACUUUUUCUCAUUACCACAGCUAUAGCAUUUUCUGGUAAAAUGGUUCAUUUGUCUUUAAAAUACUGUGAUCUGUUGUGGUUCUAUUGAGUAGGUAUGAUGUUUCUGAAGACAAGAAUGAAUGCAAAUUCUGCUUUCCCCUAUUGGAAGGCAUUCCCACAUCAGUCUUUUCUUUUUUGCUUUUAGAUUAUCUCAUUCCUAACAAAUUUCCCUUCUUUAGUUUGUUCUGAGAUAAUCACAAAUCUCAUCUGGUUAUGUUGCUCCUGCCAGUACUACUCAAAAUGUAAAUAUAGCCUCUUCUCAUUCCAGGCUCUCAGUAAAUUCCCUUAACUUCUCUGUAAUACACAAGGCACAGCCUGUACUGAUCCUUACCUGGAAGAUGGAACAUUUGGGAUUUUUUGAAUCACUUGAACAUAAAAAACUGCAUUCAGAGAAUUGCAAAUGUAACUGUGCAGUGAAAUCAAGCAAGUAACAGAAAAUACUAAUAAUUGCAGAGUACUUCAAGUAUUUUAGGUCAGAAUGCUGUGAAAUGAAAACCUUGUGUGAAGUUUUCAUGGGAGUGCUUAAUCACGUACUGAAUAACGCUAGAGCAGCAGUAUCUAAACCGUGCUCCAGGCAGAGCUCUCAGUGCAUGUAGCAUUUGCCUUUGCUUUCUCCUUCAGAGCUGGUAUUUCAGUUGUACUGGCUUCUCCUUGUAGGACACAGCCUGGAUGUUUGUCAAAACAGAUGCCCAGAGAACAAAAGAAUUAGACCUAGCAGUCUGCAGAACUCUAAAGCACAGAGAACUUGUAUAGCAGCAGAGACAUUACUAAUCCUUCACACACGUUUGAGGAGUUGGAAUUGGAACAAUAGGCAGUUCCAAAAAAACCCUACAAACAAAGGCUACUUGAGCGAAAAGAUUAUAGCUGCCACUAAAUCUCUGUGCAGCUCACUUUCUCAAGCUUAGUAAAUAUUGCUCGGGAAUUUGUGCCCUUCUGUUGAGUACAGCUAGCGUUCUGAUUGCUUGGAGCCCUUGAGGUAGAUGGGAGAAUGCGCUGACAGGAGAUGGACACAUACAAAGCCUUGUGGCUGCGUGAGGGAGCUGGGGGGGGGCUUGCUCUGCGAGUAAGCCACACUCAGAGAUUCAAGCUCGUAAUGCAGUGUAAUACAGAACUGUUUUGUAAAUUUGUCUGGUUAUUUAUUCUAGGAUUCAUUUACUUUGUCACUCACAGUUCAGUGCAGUCAGUUACUGAAUCAGACGUUAUUUCAAUCUUUGACUGCAGUUGCAUCACUAGUUGUUUUAGCGCUGUGAAUUUUCCCUUUAACAUUCUCAUUCUUUGUAGUAGCUCCUUUUCUUGGCCAAAGAUACUCAUGCCAAUGAUCUGUGGUAAGGUUGUUGAUUUUUAUUUUUUUAAUUAUUAAAAAGUGAGUUGCAGCUACUUUAGAGUUAAUGAUGGAAAUGACUAAUAGAAAUGACUGGCUUUGGGUAGUCUUCCUUGUACAUGCACAGUGCCUGCCUAGCUCCCAUUACAAGCCUUGUGGUAAGUUUUCUAGUCCAGUUCUAGACCUUCGUAAUUAAAACUUUUCAGUCAUGCUUAGGUGUGCCAAAUUCUGUAGUGAUACUUACAUCUGUUGGAUGACAAGAUUAAGGAGAUGUAUGCGUAGCUUAUGCAACCUGAAUGAUCUAGAGUCUGAUCCUUCAUUGCCUUAAUAUUAAAUCCUACAUCUGGAAAGAGCUGUCAGACACUGCAACCAGAAAUAGCCCCACGUAUGCUAGAGCAGUCUACCAGAAUGUGUUACUGCAUUGGAGAGAAAAUACUUCCUGCAUGCCAUCCUCAGUGCUGCUUUCCUGCCUCAGCACUCUGGAGUCUGAAAAAGGGAGAUGCACUUUGAUCAGUGUCCCACAUACAUCGGAGAAGUCCCUACUUCUUGCCUUAUGUCUUCAUGGAACAAUUCUGUUGUUUAAGCCAGAGUAGCUUUAUCAGUGACACCUGUUCACCAAGUAAGAGCAUCUAAUAGCAAAAAAAGUGCUAUAUUAAGAUGGUGCCAAAAAGUAUCUUCAGUUUGGUCCAAUUUGCAAACCGUACCAUAUAAUCAGUCAUCUCAUCCAGUGCUCAAAUAAGUUGGCUCCACCCAACAGUGGUAUUAUAAAUGAGCAGUUGGGUUUAUAUAGUGCAGUUUUGCACAUAAUAAAGAUACUAAUAUUUAGUAUAUCACUCUGAUUAUAUGCUAGUAUGGUAUUAGAAAGGCUGUUUGUCCAUGUAAUGAAAGGGCUAUAACCUUCAUCAGCUGUAGCACCUUGUACUGUUAAUUGGGAAUCUGGAGUAUGUGUACCAGGCUGGUUAGAUGUGAUCAUAGCUCCGUCUAGUGGCUUAGCACAUUAACUAAGUAAAGCUAAUAGUUGCUCUGUUAGCACAUGUGAAGAAUGCAUGUGAUUUAAGGACUGCAGUCCACUACGAGGUUAAUGCAGGCCCACACUCUCAGGCUGAAUUUUACACUAGUGCGGAAGCAGUGCGGUCUGAACAUGUGCAUGUAUCUAAGAAAUUCAGCUACUCAGCAGCCAAAAAUGUGUGUGAAAGAGUAUGGCAUAUAAUAAUCUUGUCCUGCAUCCCCUGCCACCUUACACACAUGUACACACCCCUGUAUGGGUAUCUUCAAAAAACUGGUGAAUGCAUUUUAAGUAUUGACCAUUUGUUUAUGGAAGCAAAAGGUUUGACGAUGGUGCUUGGAGGAUUCCAGAAUUCAUAGCUAGUCUCAGGGAUGGCAGGAUCUGCUAUUUUAUUUUGUAUAAAAAUGUAUGCCAUUUCUUUUGUUGUGAUACUCAGUGCUAAUAGUCUGGGCAUAUUUAUCCUGUCUUAUACAUGACAUUUUGAGGCCCCUGUUAGCACUGUAGUCCUAAAACUUCUAAAAAGACAGAAUUUCAAAUGAUUGAGUCUGUUUACCAAAUAGAAUGCUUAGAUAAAUAUUACAAAUAAAAUAAAUGCCAUUUAACAUAAUGAAAUAACAUCUACAGGCUUCUGAAGACAAGAUCAGAGCAAAACUACUGUUAUUACAGUAUUAUACCAUUUAAACAUUAGAAUGCAGAGGUUAAUAAAUACACUGGGUUAGCUUGAAGUAACAGUGCAUGCUAAUGCUGCACAAUAUUAAUGCUGUAUCUUGAAAAUAAAGUUUUGUUAUUCAGCUGUCUUUCAGAAUACAUGGCAGUCUUGCUUUAAAUAGUGUUAUAUUGCUAAUGUAUCUAACACAUUUUACAUAAAAAUAUUUAGUAAGUGAUUAUAUUUUAAAAAGCAACUAGGCUUUCAUUUCUAUAGUAGGCUUUUAUGGUUUCAUCUUGAAAUCUGACUGUACAAAACUGAAAUUGCUAGAUUUAAAAAGUUAGAACUUUCAGUUGAAGUUUAACAAUUGUACAGAACAGAGCUGUUACCCUUCAGUGUUGUCAAUGAAUUUGUAAGUUAUUUUUCUAAAUCUGAGAACUCAUAUCCAAUAAGAUAGCUACCUUUAAAUUAAGAAUACUGCUUUAAAUAUUGAAUUACUCAGUUUUAUUUAUAUAGUACUGACUGGCUUAGCUCAGCAGCUAUUUUAAAUAUAGUUUUCCCUUAAGUAACUUGACAUUCUAGGUUAUCAGUUGUCUGCAGUCAUAGAUGAUGUAUUAGAUGUUCUACUGCUAAACAAAAUGUGUGCAGUCAAAGGAACUGAAGCCUGUCUAAAACUAUAAAUACCAAGAUUCACAUCGAGGGACAUUCUUAAGUUUUGAAAUCCUCUUUUAGGAGGAGGUCAGUCCUUUUGUCCAUUCUCCUGAGUCUUUGAGAAGAAAUUUUGAAUUAGUUAACAAUAGGGAAAUAAAGGACUUCCUUCUGUGUUAAAAGACCAAUCCUAUAUUCCCUCAAGCUUAUGGAGAUGCAUUAGUACUUCUGGGGACCUAGACGCUCAGAAAUCUACUUCAGCCUAUGUUCAAAACAGCUGACUAAAAGACUAUGAAUAAUCAGUUACAAUGUUUUAGAAAUCUGAAUGCAGGACUGUCAAACAUUGUUUUUUGGGUAUGCCUAUUGUGUAGUCAGGGGUGCAAAAGUAACUUGGACAAACUUGUACUUUAACUGCACUUGUUUUAGUCUUGGUAAUAAAAGUCAGGAAAUUAUGCCGUGUAGGCUGACAGGCAAGUAUCUGCUCGGCAUCCCCAGCAGGCUUGUCCACACAAAUGUUGGUGUCAUCAUGGUUUCACUGCCCUGUGAAACUAAGUUGGCUGAAAGUAGUGCAAGUCUGCCUCUGUGCCUCUGCAGAUGUACUCACUUGGCUUCGUCUGUUGAUCAGACAAGACUUUCACACGAGAACUGACAGAAGUCCAUGUGUGAUUUAGUAACUUCUCCUUCUGGUAAAAACAAUUCAGUUUAAAAUGUGUUUAAUUGGGAAAAGUUUGUUGGCUGUUUGUAGUUAGUUUCAUUUUGUACUGAAUCACCACAUUGCUCUUUGAUAAACUGUUCUUAUCUGCAUAAGCCAGAUACAAAACUUAGGCAGUGGUUAUUAAUGUUGAAUUUACAAAUUAAGUUCAUUCGUAUAAAACGGGUUUUUAAACCCAUCUACCUUUACCAUGUUGAAUUAUAAUGCAACACUUGCACCUACUUCUACCAAUAGCAACUGUUAAUUUUGUAUGAGGAACAGUUAAAAAAAAAAUACAUGUUGGUAUACUUAGCUACUGCAAAACCAUUUCUGCCUAGUAUUAUUUGUAAGUGCUCUUAAAAAGAUUGAGAAAAUUUGAUUAUGAAAAUGAAGAGUGCAUGUUCAGAAUUCUGUAAGGGCAGUUCAGAGGUUUAUUAAAAGCCUGAACAACAUGAGAGAUAACAAAACCACAAUAUUUAAGUAAGUAAUUUGUCUCACUUAAAGACAACUUCCAUUUAGUUCAACAUUGCUGUAUUAUCUUAGAUAACAGCCUCUUCAGGCUUCUGUUUGUAACACUUUUUUUCACUGAAAGCAAAAGUGUUUUUAAGAUUCUGUCAUUAGUGCCAGCUCAGAGGAGAGUGCACUUUGCUAUUACUUUGAGGACCACCAUGGACAAAAGCAUUACUGUCAGGAGGGGACAGGACAUCAGGCUCAAUGCUAUCUUAGUCUGGAUAGCAAAUUUGGAUGCAUAUGGCAUCUACAGACCAUCCUCACUCAGCAUAAGCUUAAAAAAACUCAUUCAGGGUAAUAUGAUCUGGAAAAAUUAAUGUGCUAUGUAGCAACUGUCAGAAGGCUGGAAGUAAACAGAGCUCAGCUAUAUCAACCCUAUCAAUAAACACGACUUGAGUUUAACUCUGUAUUUCUAAGUGCUUUUUUUACGUGAGGAAAAUUAAGUCUCACAACUGUGGUGAGACAAACUGUACUUAAUGCAGAUUGUAUUUCCCAACAUGAGUUUCAGGAAGAUACUGCCGUUAGUCUUGACGAUACUGACAUGAUUCUUCACUAUACUUUCUUUAGUCCCUUAAAAUAAAGUGUCUUUAGGAUUUUUAGACACCUAACAUAAUCAUAGACUUUACUUUUUUUUUUUUUUUUUUUAUGUUUCUUUAAAAUGUGGACUCAACUACAAGUGAAAAUAAACAACAAACAUAGAUUAAGCUUCAUUUUAAGGUUGUUUUCUUUCCUUCUCAUAUGUAAUGCUUGCAUUUGUAUAUGGUUAAAACUUAAGAUGCAGUAUGCAAAAACUGCAUUAAAACUUGACAAGCUUAUUUAACAAUCAGGUUGCAGUUUUAUAUGUUCUUCCCACUCUCAUUGCUCUCCUUGCCAAACUCUACCUUAAGCAAACUGUAAAUUACUCUUAAUAAAUGACCAAAAUAGUACACACUGGUCAGAAAAAAAAGAGAUUAAUGAAAAUUUGAAAAGGGGUGAGUAAAGCUGUAGCUCCUAAACUCCUUCAGCAUAUGUAACAUGUCUAAUACACACAUAUCAAGAACUCAGUGUCAUAUUCUUUGGUUGACCUUCAAUCAGUUUUUAGUUUAAAUUUGAAGGAAAUAUGAUAAAAGUUACAUUAUUUAUUGUAUAUCCAGACAUCUUUCUGUUAUUUAUAAUGAACUUGCAUUGAAAUAUUUCAUUAGUGGUUACAAAACAUAAGACUUCAAAAGAUAUUCCAAAGCCUCUAUGUCCUUUUUCUGAUGAUACCAAACUGAUGCUAGAAUAAUGCCCCUGUAUUUGCAGGGGAAUAACACACUUAAUAGUUUAGGAACGCAUGCAAAAUAUUGAAACUUUUUUUUUACUUUUGAACUCUUCUGGAAUAGUACACAGGCAAUACAGGUUUGAAAUUUUACAUUGUAACCUUCUUUUGCUAUCCAGUAGUUUCCAAACAUUUUUGACCAAGGUAGUAGUAUUAGGCUUUUCAAGUUUUUACUGAAGCCUCACGCUUUUAUUACUAAGAUCACAAAUGCUUUGAAAUCUGCUUUUUAAAAAAUGUCUUUCUCAACCAUUGACUUAGGAAAAGAAGAAUCUUAGGAUGUGGAAUAAUCGUAACCUGUGGUUCAGACUUAAAAAAAAAAAAAAAAAAAAAAAAAAAAAAAAAAAAAAAAAGUUAAAAUAUCAUAAGCACAUGCUUUUGAAAAGUUUAGGCCCAAAGGAUAACCACUACUGACUUAAAUGUUUGUGUCAGUUCAUAGACUUACGCUUUUAACCAGCUUUUAACCUCUUGCAUAGCUGCAGAAACUAGAGAUUUUGCUGAUGCUUGCUUUAAGCAGAAACAUUGGCUUAUUUAUGUAUUUUUAUGGUCUUUUAAGCAAUAAUAAGGUCAAAUGCAAAUACAAACUGGAUUUUGAAGUGGGUUAAAAAAAGACAUAGGAACAUUUUACAAUAUAACUUUCUUGCAGCGUUUAUGUCACCAAAUUACAAUUUCAAGUGGCAUAAACAGAUCACUGUGUAUAAACAUACAUUUGUGAAAACAAAAGCCUUGUAAUCUAUGAUCAGUGUUACCAUUCUGGGACGCGAAUACAAAAAUAGCUUGUUCGGUGACAGUUGCAUUUUUACUGUAGUAAUGCACAGCCAUUUUUCUGUGAUACUCAUUAUUUUUUCAACAGGAGCACUGUCUGCUUUAUAGAUACACAUUUUUUUUGAAAAUUACAUAGUCUUUCAUAAUACAAUUUUUAAAAAAGCAAUACAAACUAUGCUGUAGUAUUCUUGUUAAUUAUUUCCAAACAUUUAUCAUGGCAGACUUAAGAAAAAUUUGAUUUUUUUAAAGAUGUACACAGAAUCAUAAGACAAGUUAAAUGUUUUUCCCAGAGCUCUCAGAUCUGAUCACAAUACUAAAAUAAUCAAAUGACAAAUCCUAAAACCCUAAGAAUAGUUGUAGUCCUAGCUGUUUCUAGGACUACGAUAGCAUUCCUUCCUUAAUUAUGCAAUACUGCUUUUUCAGCUAUUUAGUUUAACCCCCCUCCCAAAAAAAAAUCAUCUCUGGAAAACUUUGUCCUUUCUAACAUACAUUCUUAAAACACUGAAAUCUGAAAUGCUUAUUUUGAUGGUAUUCUCCUCUAAGACUUCAUUUUUUAUAGUUAAAACUAACGUGUCCUGUAACACCAUCAUAAAACCAUGUGCAGUAAUUGAAAAGACAGCAAAAUCAAUACUGACCAUAAUCAUAAUGUAACAAAAAAAAGGGGUGAAACCUCAAUCUUACUACUAGAGGUUUCUGCAUUUCUUCUAAUUUGUCUCUAAGAGACUACCUGAAAGACAGCCAAAUGUAAAUAUAUCAUAACAUAUUAGCUUUAGUACAAAUAAGGUGGCAGUGCUCUGUCAUUCUAGAUGUACAGGAGUAACUAUAGUAUCUUCAGUGUGUAAUAGAUGUGUCAAGAAUAAUUAUGUUAAUGCAAUUACAGAUUAUGUAUUGUUGUCCAUUAGAAGUGUAAACUACUGAAAAUUUAGCCUUGCGGAUAUGAAUAAAGUUAUUAAAAUAUC